GGUCACAUCGGAGCAUGCUCUGUUCUCCUGUUCGGUUGUGGAUGUCUUUUCCCAGCUCAACCAGAGCUUUGAGAUCAUCAGGAAGUUAGAGUGCCCAGAUCCGCAGAUUGUAGGACACUACAUGAAGCGCUUCGCCAAGACCAUCAGCAAUGUGCUUCUGUCCUAUGCUGACAUCAUCUCCAAGCUGUUUGCCAACUAUGUCACCAUGGAGAAAGUGCCCUGCAUCCUGAUCAACAACAUCCAGCAGCUGAGGGUUCAGCUGGAGAAGAUGUUUGAAGCCAUGGGUGGAAAAGAUCUGUGUGUUGAAGCUAGUGAUAUCCUGAAAGACCUGCAAGUCAAACUCAACAAUGUCAUGGAUGAUCUCAGCAGGGUCUUUGCUGUCAGUUUCCAGCCUCAUAUUGAGGAAAAUGUUAAGCAGAUGGGAGACAUCUUGGCUCAGGUUAAGGGAACCUCAAAUGUGGGAAAUGCCAGCAGCGUGGCCCAGGAUGCUGACAAUGUCCUGCAGCCAAUCAUGGAGUUCCUGGACAGCAACCUGACUUUGUUUGCUAAGAUCUGUGAAAAGACUGUGCUGAAACGUGUGUUGAAGGAGCUGUGGAAGCUGGUGAUGAACACCAUGGAGAAGACCAUCGUUCUGCCACCGCUCACAGACCAAACGGGGAGGCUGAAGAGUGCUUCUCACAGCGAUGGCACUCAGCUCAUCUUUAACGCUGCCAAGGAGCUCGGACAGCUGUCCAAGCUGAAGGAGCACAUGGUUCGUGAGGAGGCCAAAGCGCUAACACCCAAGCAGUGUGCUGUGAUAGAGUUGGCUCUCGACACCAUCAAGCAAUAUUUCCAUGCUGGUGGUGUGGGUCUGAAGAAGACAUUCCUGGAGAAGAGUCCUGACCUUCUGUCUCUCCACUACGCCCUGUCCCUUUACACGCAGGCCACAGACAAACUCAUAAAGACCUUUGUCCAAUCGCAGAACGCUCAAGUGUUCGGCGGGAAGGGGGUGAGAUUCACCACUAGUGAGGAUGUUUACCCAGAAAAGGGCUCUGGGGUGGACGAUGCUGUAGGAGAAGUGUCCAUCCAUGUGGAGAUUUUCACUCACCCGAACACCGGAGAGCACAAAGUCACAGUGAAAGUGGUCGCCGCAAAUGACCUGAGGUGGCAGACGCAGGGAAUAUUCCGGCCUUUUGUGGAGGUCUAUAUCAUCGGCCCUCACCUCAGUGACAAAAAGAGGAAGUACGCCACGAAGUCAAAGAACAACAGCUGGGCUCCCAAAUACAACGAGACCUUCACUUUCACCCUGAGUAAUGAGGUGGGUCCUGAGUGCUACGAGCUGCAGGUGUGCGUGAAGGACUACUGCUUUGCUCGAGAGGACCGCACCGUGGGCAUGGCUGUCCUUCAGCUGAAGGACGUGGCCCCUAAGGGCAGCGCCGCCUGCUGGCUGCCGCUGGGUAAACGCAUCCACAUGGAUGAGACGGGACUGACCGUCCUGCGCAUCCUCUCCCAGCGCAACAACGACGACGUGGCCAAGGAGUUCGUCAAGCUCAAGUCCGACCAGCGCUCUGCUGAGGAGGGCCGUAGCUAGGGGGCCAAAUCGCAGUUUAAAAUGCCACGACAGGAACUCGAAUCAGAUCAAAGUAUCUGCCCAGGAGCUCUCCUGAGCCACUGCAAGCCACUGCCCCGAUUAUCCAGUGUUGUAAAAGCACACAUAAGACAAGAGUCGCCACACAUACUGUAAAUACAUUUAUUUCAGUGGAAAUGACAGAGUGCGAAGCAAAGCAUCACUCGUUUUCUGAAAACGCACCAGUGUCUUUAUUGUUGCCGACUUCAUCAAACAUGGUUUUGAUUCAGUUAUACAUAGAGUUUAAUCUUAGAGCAUAUAACUACUUUCCUCUAAUCCCAGAGGAGAGCCAUGCCAUCCCACACACACACGCACACCUCACUUGACUGGUCAGAGUGAGAAAUAUCUUGUAGCCUUUAAUAUUUUGGCUUUCUUUCUCACUCUUUCUCUGCCUUUUUAACCUUACCCUCAACUUUACCGAUCCCCAGCUCCUCUCGUCCCUUCCCUAGUUCACUUAGAGAAGGGACCGCAAGUGCCAACAAGGAAUUGCUCAAAUAUGCCAAGACCAGCCCUAAGCACAACCGGACCAACUGUCCACCUGACCCGUAAACAACUACAACGGCUGCAGCCUCAAACAUUCCAGAUAUUGGGUGGGCAACACAUACAGGGAACAAAGCACUAUUUAGUUAUGAUGAGUUUAAUAUUUAUUUACUUUUUUCUUCCAGAUUAUAUCUAUAUUUUAAUAAUUCUAUAUAUCAUCACAUAUAUAUAUAAAAUAUUAAGGACAUAUGUAAAGAUAAAUACAGGAUUGUUCGAUGGAACUGUGGUCGGCUAAAGAUUGUCCUCGUCCGUCUCUCUGUCCGUCUACCCUGUAACAGAGCACACUGCCUGACACCCUUAAUGCCUUCCGUCUUGUUAACCCUUGCACAUAAUGUAUGUCCUGUUUCCUAUAUGAUAGAGAGUGGAGCCUGAUGAUCAAGCGCUGUAAAUCAUCGGACUGUAUGUGUGUGAAAACGAGUGUGUGAAUGUGCGAUACAGUGUUUGUAAUACGUUCUAAUGUCAACCUCGUGUGACCGCCCGUGUUGUCUGUCACCUGCAAAUGUAACCACUGAAAGCCAUCACAAGUGAAGGACGUCACAACGGGUGGAGCGGGAGUGCGAUAAGAUUCGGGGGGUUUUUAUUGUUUUGUUCAGUUUGUUUAAUUUAGCACAGGUUAUAUUGUGUGGUGGAUAUUUCCAUCUGGUUUACUGCAAACAUUCCUCAGCCAGGCAGCCCUGUAAGGACAGUCAACUGCCUUUAAAAAGUACGUGCUAAUUAAAGUCCUACAUGUAUAAUUAGAUGAUUAAAAACACAGUCCCUGAGAAGCUAAAAUAACCACGUGGGUUACACAGCAGCACAUUCCUCAACACGGGGAGAGCAUAUACCGCUAAUGAUCCAGCGCUUAUCGCGUCUAAUGAUCCACCUGCAGAUGCCGUAACCCUUAAUCGUGAGUGAGAAACAAGACCUCUGCUAAAGGGCUGCAGAUCCAGACCGAGCCAGGUCUGGAUCUGACAUUUAAAAGAGGGCCUACUGUCCACUGUACAGAGAUGUAGUGUGAAAAUAGAAGAAGCACAGGGGCUUUGCUGCACUCAUAAAAACACAUUUAUACUCCGAGCUUGUUUUACAGCAGUUCACCUGAAGCUACAGUCACUUUCAUGUGAAACUAAAUGUUUUAAAACGACUGCUCGCUGUCUAGCAUGUCUCUCAAUGCGACAUCUAUUUUUAAGAAAAUACCCUUUAAAAAGAAGAAGAAUAUAUUUGUUGUUUUCUCGUGAACAACAAAAAUCAUGGGGGUGAUGAUAAUAACAGGAUGAUCGGUUGGUUGGAUGUUUCUCUGCGUCAUUACUAAGAUGCCCCCUCCCAAACCUGAAUAAUAUCAAAGUCCCCAUUAUUAGAACAAGGCCUACAAACUGAACUCUAUGCAUCUGAUCUAUAAAGUCUCUGUAGAUGAGUGAUUUGGAAUCAGUCUUAUAAUGUUUACAUUGUGGAUUAUUAUUCUAAUUAUAUCAGCACAAGCGUUUGUCUGAUAUGUUGUAAAUGCCGUCUCUGUUUCGAUGGGCCAAACAUCACAGCUGCGGUAGAGCUGACCAGAGACGGGAAGUUUGGUCAGCUCAGAGGAAACCGAUCGGAAGGGAGAUCGAUCGCUGCAGUCGGGUAGUUGUAAAUAGCUCGGAUGUAACAAACACACGUCAUACUAUGUGAAGUGAAGUUUCGCUGCUCUUUUGUAGACUUGAAUUUUGCUGCGAGUGACUGCACAGCUGGUGUUUAUGUGCGACUGGGUGCCCAAUCUGGAAAUGUAGCUACUAUUGAAGGGUAUAGAAAGACCGCGUGCACUCUAGAGAUCAAUAACAGAGCGUCUGUAUUACUUUAAUGGGGCCUGAUCAGGAGCCAUUCAAAGUAAUGCAUCGUAUAUCAUUAUAUAUAACAUGCUGCCUGCUAGUGAAAACUACUCACAGCUAAAAGUUAAGCAAUCCCUUAAUAUGAUCUUGUGUGUGUACAAGGUCUUUUAUUAAGGGGGCACAUCUACUUUUAAUAGCAAAAUCAAUAACAGGUACGCAGCUGGAAAUGCCACGAAAAAAAACAAAAACUUUAUUGCUGUUGACAAUGAUACUUUAGGAGAGGAAAUUCUUCCCCUUCCUCCACCUUCAGAGGCCCGGACUGCGUGUUGGAUUAUCAGGUUGGCACGUUGAACAGGAACGCACACACAGAGGUGGAUGAAGCACAACGAAAAGCACACAGACACAAGUGGACACACAUGCAUGAUCCGUCCUGAAGUGUCUCGCUGAGCAGGCCACACAGACAGAUACCUGCACAGCGCUGCUGGUCCGGUACUUCCAGAUACGGUGCAUGAUAGGAACAAUAAACAAAAAGUAAAAAAACGUGUAUUGUGCCAGCACGCAUAAUUAUUUGAUGUUUAACUGCCAAUUGUUGUCUUCUUUAUUUUGAUAUUUAAUUAUCGUUUUCUAUUUUUCAAAUGUUUGUGAAUAUAUAAAUAUGUAUUACUGAUGCUGUGUAGUGGUACAAAGUACUCGCAUGAGAAUUUUUUUAUACACGAGAUGUUUCUAAAAAUUCUUUCUUUUGGGCUUGUUUUUUUAUUAUUAUUAUUAUGGUUGUCCUUAUUGGGGGUUGAGGUUGCUGGGACUGCAGUCUCAUUGUGUUUCUGCUUCCAAUAAAAUAUGAAAUAAAA